AUCAGCCCUACCAUUGAGCUCCUUGACUAGAUCUGCUCUACCGACUUUGGGUACCUUUUUCAACCGCGAAAUCCAUCGUCAAUGGGCUAUUUCCGAACUGGUAGGGGCUCAUUUCUACAUUCUUUUCAUAAACAGUCGUGCAGUUGAGCUUUAGUCUAGUCACAAGCGCCAUGGCGAGUUUUCUCAGAAGUCGACAGGCGGGCAUGAAUGUCGACCUAUCUGUCAAAAUCGAGCCCCAACACUUCUCACCCGCCGAACAAGCACGAUAUGGAAUCAACUCGCAGAUAAGCUGUGUUGCCUACGACCCUGUGCAAUCACUCAUUGCUGUUGGCACAAAUGAAUCCAAGUUUGGCAAUGGCAAGAUAUACAUCUUUGGCCAGUCUCGCGUCCAAAAAUGUAUAUCGCCGAAUAAGCAAGCCUCAAUUCGCUUCUUGCACUUUGUUGCGGACAGGCUCGUGAGCUUAGACUCCAGGAGCGAACUCUCAAUAUGGGACCUGGAUACCGCACAACGGCUCGGCGGCUACGGGAAUGCAGGCGCCGUCGCCUGUAUGGUGACAGAUCCCAUGCUGGACUGGGUACUAAUGGGCACGACUUCUGGAGACGUGUUUGCUUUUGAUCUGGACCGCUCGCGUCUUUCAAACUUUCGCCUGCCGAACUUUUGGAAGCAGAGAGACCCGCGCGUCAGAGCUCCCAACAUGGUGUCGAUGCAGCUGCACCCGCGGGACAUUGGCAAGCUUCUCAUUGCAUACAACAGCGGCGCUGUAAUCUACUCUUUCAAGCAGAACCAGCCCACCAGAUUCUUCGAAUAUGUCCUACAGCCUGGCGCUCCCGGAGGAACCGGUGACAAGGUCAACACGGUACGAACUCCUCGCGUCAUACAGGCUGUCUGGCAUCCCACGGGAACCUUUGUCUUGACAGCCCAUGACGACGGCAGUCUUGUCUUUUGGGAUGCAAAAGAUGGCCGUAUGAUUGCAGCCAGGUCAUUAUCCGAGAUCAAUGUUGAUCAGCCAACAGCCGAACCUCCCCGACCUGUCCUUCUGGAACCCUUCACGCACAUUGCGUGGUGUUGUAAGAAUGACCCGGACGAUACCGGUCUGCUGAUAGCUGGCGGACUUCCUGUGGGCUCCACAGAAAAGGGGCUCACUUUCUUGGAGCUCGGUCCAACUCCCAUAUAUGCCACUUCUUCCUGGGAGGUACUGUCAAACCACUUCAAGGGCAAACGGCAACAUCUCCUACGAGCUCCACUUGGUGCAGACAUCACAGAGUUUUAUCUCCUCCCGCGCUCUUCUCCCCACUUUGCCGGCGCUCAAGACCCCAUAGCCGUCAUCGCACUGCUGAACUCUGGAGAGAUGAUCACCAUGAGCUUUCCAUCCGGUUAUCCCAUUAGCCCAACCAACCAACUUCACCCCUCAUUAACAUUUGUUCAUCCUUUUGUGAUGAAGGUUGCUGUUACAACUGUCAGCAGAGAAAGAUGGCUUGGGAUGAUUGAGGUGAGAAACCAAGGCGAACCGCUUUUGAAGGGAGGCGCACUCGCCAGGAGACUACGAAGACGACACGACAGCAGAAACAUUAUACAGGUCGCGCAUGCCGAUGGUACCGUGCGGUUAUGGGACGUUGGUCAUGGAGACGACAUUGAGAACGCAGGCAUGCUACAGGUUGAUGUUGCCAGAUCCACCGGUCGUUAUGAGGACCUCGAGAUCACAGCCCUGUCGAUGGCCUCUCAUACUGGCGAGUUCGCUGCAGGAACCAAGACAGGCGAGGUCGCAAUAUAUCGCUGGGGCACUAACAAGCACUUCCAGCAUGAUUCUGAAACCGAUAUCAAGUCUAACCCCGGGGGACUCACGGACAUCAGUAUCAGGUCGGAGCCGUCACUACGUGAGGGUCUGCAGCCACUGAUUCUAUAUGAGAUGAUGCAGGGCCCUAUUACGGCGCUGCAAGUGUCCAACGUUGGGUUUGUAGCUGUGGGGUCUGAGAAUGGCUUCUUCAGCAUCAUCGACCUACGGGGGCCUGCGAUUAUCAUGCAGGCAUCGAUUGCAGAGUUUACAAAGCAAGAAAAGAGGUCGUCAUUUCUCAGGGGUCACUCCAGUGGGUCCUCUGGAAAAGACUGGCCUGUAGUCAUCGAAUUUGGAGUGAUGACACUUGAAGACGAUAAUUACUCUAGCAUCGCCUGCUUUGUCGGAACCAACCAAGGCAAAGUCGCAACUUUCAAGUUGAUACCUUCGGGUGGCGGAUACUCUGCGAAACUCGCGGGUGUCGUAAAUUGUGGAGACCAGAUCAUUAGUAUCAGCCCGAUCAUGACAGAAACAGGCGCACCUGCGGCGGCGACAGGAGAGAUAGUCGCCGGUCUGCGAGAAGGGAAACAGGUUAAUGGCACCCUCGUCGUCGCAACACAAACCGAAAUUCGAAUUUUCAAACCCGCCACCGCCAAGGGUGCGUCCAAGUCAUUUGACAAUGUUUUCUGUGACGCUGCGGCUGUCACCGAGUUUGAACUACAUGGUCAUGCCAUCGUUGGUGUUUUUGGCGACUGUACCGCCAGGGCCUUUUCGAUUCCUGGUCUCAAGGAGAUCAGCAAAGCUUCAUUAAAUGGGACGAUGGAUCCAGGCCGGAGUGGAGGAUCUUUGGUUACGCCCACAGGCGACAUAUUCUGCUGGGCUGGACCUUCAGAGCUCGUAGCGGUCCCAGUAUGGGGAGGUGGUACCGGGGUCAGCAACAGCGACGAUACUAUGAUAAACCCGGCCAUGAAAGUUCCGCCGCGCCCGACAAUCAGCAACAUGCAGUGGAUCAGCGGAACGCAGCAUGUAUCACCUACAGACCUCGACGAGCUUAUUGGCGGGCCCGACCGGCCACCUAGCAAACGGAUGAUUGCCGCUGCUGCGGAGGAACAGAGGCUUGCUAGGGGAGGUGGGGUCUCUAGUUCGUCUACGGCUAUGCGAGCUGGGGCUACUCAGGAGGGAUGGGGCGAGUACCUAACACGGCAGCUUAACGAAAGGACAGAGAAGCUCAAUAUCGUGAACGACAGCAUGGACAAUCUGCAAACCAAGAGCCAGGGUUGGGCUGACGACGUCAACAAGUAUGUCAGCAAGCAGAAGAAGAACUUGGUGCUCGGAGCCAUCAAGGGCAAAUUCUCAUAAUCGAGGAUGACGAUGGAUCAGGUCACAUGCCUCGAGCGAGGGCCGUACUGCCGGUCUUAUCAGCACGUUUAUCGCCGCGAGCUUCGAUAUCGAUUGGUGGCAGUCAACCCAGCCCAAAUUCACCUGCCAUCCUGCUCUCCCUCCACAUCCACAUGCCUUUCAAGCUCCCAAAAGUUGCAGAGGUUUUCAAGCGCAACAGGCACCGUGGCCUCGACGUCAGGACGACCAAAAGGGAUGAGGCCCCCUUGGCCCGAGGGCUUGAAUUUGAGGACGCUCAUUUUCGAGCCCAGGUGGACGACAGAAAAACCGCCCAGGGUUUUCGUAGCUUCUCACAUCUUAAUCAAAGGAGUUGGGAAAGUGAGCUUUUGCCUCGGCCCCCCUUUUCUCUACUGCCUUGGGAAACUUGGUCGGAUUCAAACAUUCAUGAUGCGCUAUUCUCUUUUACCUGUAUGAAUGGUAUUUUGGAUCUUGAUUUUUCAACAAGACUGCUCGGCUUUGUAAUGUAAAACUGCAUGGAUCCGACCUUUCUGGUAGUCCUUGCCGGACUUUUGUAGUUUCUUGUUCCUACUUCCUAUAUCCCAUUCGCCUUUCUGUCACAUAUUUGUAGGAACCUACCAUAUAGAGUUGUGUUCGCAUGUUAACCAUAAGCUCAUG